AUGAAGCUUUGCAACCAUCACCCAUGGCUCAGGAUAUGCGAUCAGGGCUAUGAGACGUCACUGAUCGACACAGGUAGAUUGCAGACGCUGGGUUCACGCUUUGAGCAGCCCGAGGAUACCUGUCCCAGCCUCAUCGUACUUGUAGGUCAACAAGCAAAAUCUGUUGCCCUCGAGAAGCUCUUCGACGUUCCCCGAAGUCGCCUGUUCAAGAGCAAACUCUAUGUUGGAGAUAUUGACCUUCACGUGGCACCUGCGUCGCCCAGUUCCAGAAGACCCAUUCUCAUUGCUACGGGCUCAGUCGGUAGCGAGCGUGUUCGUCAGACACCAAACCGCCACCGUUGCCGCGAUGGAAGCCUAUGGCCUCUGCGUACCAGGCCCGGCGGAUCAAAGUCUCAUCAUAUGCAACGCACCGAACAAGCAAUCUAUAGCCGACUUCUUCUACCCUUCACCGACGUUUUCUGUAUCUUUGCCUCCGACCUAGGAGGAAUCCGAGGAGUUGCUUCUCAAUUGGCUGGCUGGCUACGUGACGUGACUGGCCCGACCUCCACACCUUCCACCAGACCUUCCGUGGUCGUCGUGACUGACAAAAUCCCACUGACCCAGAUGGCAGAAACUGAAGCCCAAAAAGCCCUGCUCUUGUUGUUGAAGGAAGAGACAAGCCAAGAUCCAUCUGUUUUAUUCUCUUUCAUCGAAGUUGUUGCCGUGCCCCCCAGUCAAAAGUUCCGUGGGACGGCCCAAGGGUCGAUGGAGCACCUGAAGCAACAACUUCUCUUGCGUGUCCGAAAAGCCGAAAAUUGCAGACGUGAGGCCCGUACUUUGUAUUCUUUGACCCACUUUACAGCGUUUUUCGAAUCCGCCUGUGAGCACUUCUCCGCCUCGGGCUCGGAUCCGUUCGAUUUUAUCAGAGCCUCUCGCUCCCACAAUCCCCUGGCAGAAGAUCACGCACUGCACCUGACGAAUUUCUUCAAGGCUUGCGAUACCGCUCGAGAUUUGACCAACUUUGCGGUCCCUGUCAUCGCCUCGAGUCUGAUGAUCGAUAGCUACCCCCCGAACUGCCACUUGUUUGACUCUGUCCAAGUCUUUCAGUCGCUUUACCGGGACGCCCUCCGCGAAGCACUUGGUGGACGAGUGGUAUCCUUCGAGGGUUCGCCCGACAUUAUCCUGCGUUCGGCAGUCCUCAAGCUCAUCCAGGGUAAGUUGUUACAAUAUUUUGAUUCACUGGUCUCUGGGACGGAACUACCCAGCGCGUCGCUUCAUUUGCAGGUGCUUCAACAAUUUGUGAAGGGAUGGCGCCGUAUCCGCAGCGACGUCACUUGCUUGUGCUGCAUCCGACGUCCUCCCCAGUACCGGUUCCCUUGUGGGCACUGCUUCUGCGAGACCUGUAUUCAAAUCUUCGGAAAAACACAACCCACUCGGCCCUGGACCUAUCAAGUCUCUUCAUGCUUCCUCUGUAAGCGUGUAUGGGAUCGAGACAUUACGGUGGCCGUCAAGCCUCCGACCAGUGGAGUGAGCAUCCUCAGCAUCGACGGAGGUGGAACUCGGGCUAUCAUCCCACUAACCGUGUUGAGGAGACUUCAAGACCGCAUUGGCCUCCCGAUUCCAAUUCAAAAGUUUUUCAAGGUGGUAGGUGCCGUCAGCUCCGGAAGCUUUGUGACGCUGAACAUGUGGAACCGCGGUGACUCGGUCGAAAAAUCUAUCCAGAUGCUGUUGCAAUUGGCGGAGACGGCUUUUGAACAAGAUAAACCAUGCAAGAUUCCUCUCAUCUCUUGGCUGACGAAGGUGGCGAAGUGGUAUGUUCGAGAUGGCCGCUACCGUCCGGACAACCUCGAAUCGAUUUUGCAGUCUCUGCUGGGGAGGUCAACGACGAUGCAGGACUGUUCCUACGCCACGAGACUAGGUACCAAGCUCCUGGUAUUAGCCGCUACGGUGUUGAAGGCGCCUUCUUGUCACCUGUUUACGAACUACACCAAACCCAGGCAGAAUAAUCUCAAUCCAGGUAAGUGUCAAUUUCCUCGAAAAACCCGGAAAGCUCGUCUUUGGGAAAUUGCCCGGGCAGCCUCUGCCGCCCCCACAUUCUUUCCGACCAAAGAGGUUCCUCAACUAGGCACGUUUCAAGAUGCGGGCCUUCUGGAGAACGAUCCGGUCAGCACGGUGGUGUCGGAAGCGAAAAUGCUGUAUCCGUCGUCACGGACCGAUUUCAUUGUAUCUUUAGGCACCGGAACAAUCCCAGACGUCGACGUCGCACAAGAUGCUCCAACCGCCAAGGCCCGGAAGGCUCCUUUUCGCAUUCAGGAUUUGAUCUGGGAGAAGUCGAGAGACAAGCAGGUCCGCCAAGCGUUCGCCCAUCAUCCUCGGUACCACCGUCUGGAUCACGAAAUGGAUCGCGACUAUGCCCUUGACGACGUAAAUCAAAUGCGAAAGCUUCCGGAUAGAGUCGAGGGCGAUGAUUCGCUGACAGAGCAGAUCGAUCACUUGGCCCAUUGUGCCAUCGCCUCUCUCUUUUAUUUUGAGCUGAGUGGGAUGCCUUCCCGUCGAGAUGGGAAGUUUACUGGCGCCGGGUUCCUUUUGUGUUCAAUACCCGGGGUCGACCCUGCUUUCAAGCCAUUACUCACUCGGCUUGCAGCUGGACGUGCACAGCUGUAUGUGAACGGACAACCCAUGACUUGCAAUUGGGAUGACGACACUCACCGUGAUGAGAAUGGCAAUUUCUCCAGGCGUAUCAAUUAUGACACUGGAGAUCAAAUCAGCAUAACCAUAUGUAUGGGUCUCUCCACUCCGCCAGGGGCUCUUAUAAGCGGGUUACCAAGCGCCGUUCUUGACCUCGCGAGCGAACAAGGGUUGAACGCUUGUUUUGGGACAUCUGACCAUCGAAAGCGAAAGAGGGUCGCCGAUGAUGAUGUGCAUGUUGCAAAGAAGAAAUGUCGGUUUCACCGUGGUGAGUGA